AUGGCCAAACUUAAGUUCGCCAUCCUAGAUGACUAUCAGGGCAUUGCACCCCCCUACUUUGCCCAUCUAGCCUCGCGUGUCGACGUCGUCAGUUUCCCCGAAACCCUCGACCCGCGCAUCCCCGCACAACACGAUGAGCUCAUCCGGCGCCUCGAGCCUUUUGACGGCGUGUUGGCCAUGCGUGAGCGCACGCCCUUCGCUGCCCAGACCAUCGCCGCGCUGCCGAACUUGAAGCUGCUGCUGACCACGGGCACGCGCAACCUGUCCCUCGACCUGCAAGCAUGCACCGAUCGAAACAUUUCCGUGGCCGGCACGGCAGGCAGGCCCCCGGGUGUUAAUUCAACGGUGCAACACACGUGGGCAUUGAUCCUAGCCCUUGCCCGACAUGUGGCGCGCGAUGAUGCCGCCGUCAAACAAGGGGCAUGGCAAGGAUCGCUGGGCAUGAAUCUGUCCAAUAAGACCCUGGCGCUGCUGGGUCUCGGGAAGCUGGGAUCGCAGGUGGGCAAGAUUGCCGUGCAGGCCUUUGGCAUGAACGUCAUCGCCUGGUCCGCGAACUUGACCCAGGCCAAAGCGGACGAACAGGCUGCGGCACAAGGUCUCCCGGCGGGCAGCUUCGAGGUGGUCGCGUCCAAGAGCGACUUCUUUUCCCGCGCCGACGUUGUCAGUGUUCAUUACGUCCUCAGUGAGCGCUCCCGUGGGAUUGUCGGCAAGGCUGAACUCGCGACCAUGCGCCCGACGGCCCUGAUUCUGAACACGUCUCGCGGGCCGUUGAUUGACGAGUCCGCUCUUCUGGACGCUCUCAACGCUGGUCAAAUCCAGGGCGCCGCUUUGGAUGUGUUUGAUCCGGAGCCACUACCUGCCAACAGUCCGUGGCGGACCACCGCGUGGGGCAAGGACGGGCGCAGCGAGGUGUUGCUCUCACCGCACAUGGGCUACGGAGAAGAGGAUCUGAUGCGCGGGUGGUAUCGGGAAGUGGCCGAGAACCUCGAGCGAUGGCUGGACGGGAAGCCCUUGCAUCUGCCGAUGAAUGAAUUAGGGAAAUUGUAG